AUGACUGAAAAAAGCAGAUAUUUUAAAAAAGAUAUUUUUGAUGAUAACGAUUAUGAAGAUCAAGAUAAAAUUGAAUAGAAACAGUUUUUUGGAAUAGAUCUGAAACAAGCAUUUUUAGAUUAACAUUUUAAUGAGGAUUAAAUCCAGAAAAUGAAGCUGUUAGAUUAAGAAUAUAGACUUUAGACUGAAGAUAUAAAUAGUGUUCGAAGAAAAUUAGGUUAAUAAAAUAGAAGGAUUUAAUUAGCUUGCACAAUGAAGCUUUACUCUUAGGCUACUGAAACAGAUUAAGAUAUAUAAGAUGAAAUAGUUGAAAUAGGAGAAAAAUGUCCAAUUAUUUUAUAAAGUUAUAAAGACAAUAAUACUUUUUAUAGAUCUUUUAUGAUCUAAUUUCUAUUUAAAUUAGUGUUUAAUGAAAAAGAUGAUAAGGCAUGUAAUAAAAGCAUCUUUAAGUUCAUCAAAAAAAUAUAGUCAAUAGAAAAAUUCGAUUGCGUUUAUCCUUUAUAAUUUCAUUAGUUUAAAGAUAAUGAGUUAAAAUGUUUCUUAAUAUCUUUUAUUUUGAAAAUGUAUAUUCUAAAGCUGGCUGAUAAUUUAGCCAGCUUAGAAAAGAUAAUAAAGAUGUAUAAUGAAAUGCCUGAAGUAGAUACAGCUUCUAUAAUUAUAUGCAAAAAUUUGUUAUCUAUAACUUUCACUCAGCUAGUUACUCAUGAUACCUAUAGGUUUCUAUUGGAGAAUAAUUAAAUUAUAACCGUGCCAUAAAUUUUAGCACAAUUUGAUGAGUCAGAAAAUCAAACUAUCAUAGGAGUCUUUGUUGAAGUUUUCUAAUGCAAUUUAAUUAUUCUAAAUGACGAGAGAGCAGAGUAGCCAGAAUAUUAUGUUCCUUAAACAUCUAAAACUAUAAACGAUGAUAUUUACAUUUACAAGGCUAGUGAUAAAAGCUACCAUUCUAUUUUUGAGACGAAGUAUGCUUAAUAAUAUUUAACCUUCUGUUCCAAAGAGGGUUAUUUAUAUCAACAGGACUUAAAAGAUUUAGUACAAAAAUUACAUUAAGCUAAUAUAAAACUCUCUGAACAUAAUGAUGAAGAGAAUUUCAAAGGCUAAAAAGAGUAAAAGAAAUGGGAUGAGAGGGUUUUUGAAAUGGAGAAAAAGAAUAAAUAAAUGAAAGAUAAGUCAGAAGACUUUUUUCCUGUGAUUUAGUGUUGUGAAUGUGAUAGAGAAUUGAGUGAUUUUGUUCCUUUACUGAAAUUCGAUAAUUAUUACUUUUGUGAGGGGUGCAUUUUGGAUAUGAUAGCUUAACUUAAUAGGGAAGAUAAAUAAUUUAUAAAUAUUGGCAGUACAUAAGUCAAAAGGUACUAAUUAAGAGAUGCAAUAACUGAACUUAACAAUGAAAGAGAAAAAACAAGCUAGUUAUAGAGCAUGCAAAAAGAAAAAAAGAAAAAUAAAGGUAUUGGAGAUAAAUCUGAACUAGUCUCUAUGCAUCUAACAAAUAAUUCUUCUCAACAGACUGAAAAAAAGUGGUAAAAUUUAUAAAAGAUAUGCGUUCGAUGUAACGAUGAUAAAUGCUAUUAGCAAGAGCUCUACCUAGUGAAAGAAGUGAAGACAUAAAGAUAAAUAGCAUUAUGCAUGAGCUGUUUAGUUUUUCUUUAUGAUUAAGUUAAAUACACUUUCAGAAAUAUUUCUCUUCAUAAAUCUUUUGAACUGUCAAACGAAGAGAUCAAGAAUACUUACAAAGAUUUUUCUAUGUACCACUUAGAGAAAACAAAGUAUACCUGUACUAUGUGCUUAAAAAUCAGACUAAAUAAUUACAUCAUUCAACCUUUAACAAAGGUAAAGGAGCUCAAAAUCAUUUGCAAACAGUGCUUUAUUACAAUUUUCUAGUACGAUGAAAAAUUACAAGCUUUGGGAAUAUCAGAUAUUCUGAAAGAGUAAAUUUUGGAUUAACUCUUUUAGCAAGACUUUGAGCUAAACAUUUGCGUUUCUUGUGAUAAACCUGAUUUGAAGACUUUUAAUAUUGAGAAUAUUACUCAGUAUCCUUCAAGCUUAAAAUAAAAUAAUAUCAACUUUGACUCAAAUAACGUUUAUCAUACUAUGACUAGUAUAAAAAAGGAAUCAUAAAAUUAAUCAAAGAAGGAGUUAAAAGAUAUUCUAAUUGAAGGAUAUUCUAAGAAACCUUCAAGUAAUAGUCUAAAUUAAGAUGAGGAGAGUUUGGCUGAUGAAAAUUCAAAUAGAAGAUUAUCAAAAAUAUGUAUUGAUUGCAUAUUUUUGAAUAUUGGAAAAUGUAAGAAUCCAUACAUGGACUACCUUAUCACAUACUCUAAACUUCACACAAAUAUUGUUUAUAAAUAUAAUAAUUAAAUUAAAACUUUAUUGGAGAACGAUGCUCGCCUUAAAAUGCAAUAAAUUCUGAAUACUUGCACUAUGUGUUUUAGAAAAUUGAAAGACUUGCAUGAGAUGAAUGAUAAGGGCUAAAGGAUAUGCACUUCAUGUUUCGUCUAAUACAAAAAAGAAUUUAAACUAAAUUAAGGAGAAUUUGAAGGCUAUCAUUGUGAUUAAAAGCACUAAGAUAUCAUUCUAGGAUCCAUUUUAGCAUAUUUGGUAGAUAUUACUUAAUGCAUAGGCUGUUCUGAAAAGAUAAAAACAUUUGAUUAUGAAGCUCUAAAAAUAUAAAAUAGCUUUUCGAAUGUUAUUGUUUGUGACAACUGUAUAAGAGAAUAGUUGGUUUAAGCAAAUUAAGAUUUAAGGAAUCCUUACGAAAUAAAGAGCUAGUAUUUAAAUGAAGUUUUAAUACUUUAAAAUAAAAAAGAAGUCAAUGAAAAAAUUAAAUAAUUUUCCUUUCAGAUGUAGAUAAAUAAUGAAGCUAAUUAAACAGAAGCAGAAAAACAAGAAGGUGCAGCUGAUCAAAGCUAGGAGAAAAAGCUAUUUUAAAGAAAAUAGAAUAAAGAAAUGCCAAAUAAAAACAAAUAGCACUUAACAAGUAGAAAUUAUAAUUUAAGGUGCUUCAACAGAUCUUGUAAAGAAGUUGAGUUGUGUAAAAAAUAAAAGAUUGAGCUUUAGUUUGUCAAAAUGCCAAAAUGCUAAUGUCUGUUUUGCAUACAUUGUUUGACAGCAUUUUACAUGAAACUAUCAGAUGCUAAUUCUUAAAAAUAGCAGAUAUAGUAAAAAUAAUCUUAGAUUAAAAGCAAGAUAGAAGUAGCAAGAACUGGAGAUAAUUAUGGUUCAAUAAAAAAAGAAGAAAACUAAAACGUUGAAGAUGGAGAUCAGGUUGAGAGAUAUUGUCCCAGCAUGCUGUGCAAUGAAAAAUAUUCAGAAUAUUAGAUAAGAGACUUAGUUAAUGGGUAUGAAAUCUAAGUUAAUGGCUAAGAAAAUGAAGAUGAAGAAUUUCAAAAAAAAUUAAAUGAAGCCCUAUUAGAAGAAAACAAGAAAAAAUAUGUAAAUGAGAGAGUUUUCUGUUCGGUGUGUAAAAAAGAAAACCUAUUGGUUGUGCAAAUAAAUGAUGAUUUUUUGGUAAAUUAUAGGAAAGAAAAAGAAAAAGAAUAAAAUAAAAACUAAAAAGGGUUUAAAAUGUUAGAAAACAAUAUCUUCGGUUCAAAUGAGAAAGAUGAAUUAUCAAAGAUAGAAGGUGAGUGUGAGUGUUUUUAUAGUUGCAAACCUUGUUUGUUUUAAACUUAUUAUAAAGACAGAUGCUCAAGAUGUCUUAAAAAAGCUCCUUAUACAGUUUAUAAAUUGCUCUUUAAUUUCAAAGAUAAUAUGAAAUGCUCUUAGUGUUAACAUAAUAAAUUUAUCACAUUAGAAGAUGGACCUCUUAUGUAUAGGACUGAUACUAAAUUCUAAUGCACAAAUUGUAAAACAAAAUUUAAAAUAAACUGA